AUGCGCCCAUCAACGUUCCUCCUCUCCCUCUCCACGACAACACUCACCACAGCCUCCUUCCUCCGCCCCCGCCAACAACCCCAACUCUGCAACGGCCGCGCCGACUUCUGCAACCGCAUCUACUCCAACGUCUCCUGGAUAGGCACGCACAACUCCCCCUUCAUCGGCACUGCCGACCCUCCGGACCCACGCGUAAACCAACAAAAAACCGUCCCCGAACAACUCGACGCCGGAAUCCGCUUCCUCCAAGGCCAGACGCAAGUCUUAAUCAACGGCGCCGAAGAUGCCGGUCCCUUUUCAGAACUCUACAUGUGCCACACCGACUGCGCGAUCUACAAUGGCGGAUCUUUACGACAAUACCUCACGACCGUCAAGACCUGGGUGGACGCGCACCCCGACGAGGUCGUGACGAUGUUGUUGACGAAUGGGGAUAAUGUGGAUAUCUCAGAAUUCGACGCUGCGUUUAAUGAUACGGGGAUGAAGGAGUUGGCGUUCGUGCCGAGUACCUCUCCGCAGAUGCUGCCGAUGGGAGAGUGGCCGACGUAUGGACAGAUUAUCGAGGGGGAGAAGAGGGUUGUGGUAUUCCUCGAUUACGGCGCGGAUGAGUCGAAAGUACCGUAUAUCCUCGAUGAAUUCACCUACUACUUCGAAACCCCCUUCUCCCAAACCGACCCCACCUUCUCCCAAUGCCGUCUCGACCGGCCCCCCAACGCCUCCCCGGACGGCCGCAUGUACCUCGUCAACCAUGUCCUCGACAAAGAGAUCCCUCUCACAGAUAUCUUGGUCCCGGACCACGAGGCGGAUUUCACGACGAAUGCCGCGCAGGGGAAUGGGAGUAUCGGGGCGCAGGUCGAGUUGUGUGAGGGGAUGUGGGGGAGGGUGCCGAAUGUCGUGUUGGUGGAUAUGUUUGAUCGCGGGGAGGUUUUCGUUGCGCAGGAUGCGUUGAAUGGGGUGUCGUGA